AUGUCUCUUCAUGUUCCUUAUGCAUUCCGUCAGGAUUCCAAUUUCCGGUAUUUGACGGGCAUUCUUGAACCCGGUGCUGUGCUCACACUAGAAGUCUCAGCUAUUAACACUAAGUCUGAUUUCAAUGACAACAUCGCCUUCGUCCCGCGCCUCUUUGUUGAGGAGCGCAAUGACCACGAUCGUGUUUGGGACGGUCCCACUAUGGGCGUAGAGAUGGCCUCUCAGCUCACUGGCAUUCAGGAUACCCAACCCCUCACCCAUCUUUCGGAGUAUUUGACGUCUGCCUUCUCCCAACUUCAAGCUUCGUCCGACUUUAUCUGGUUUGGCUUACCCUUUCUUGUACGCAGAAAGGAGAAAGCCCCCAUAUAUAGGACAAUUUUCAACCAAACCUCCGAAUUGUUUUCCAAGUGUUCGCUAGACCCGAAACAGCUUCAAGAUCCUGAGCCCUUGUUGGAUGAGUUGCGGCUCAUAAAGUCCUCCAACGAAAUUGCUCUAAUGCGUCGUGCUGCUGAGGUGACAUCCACUGCUCUUAAAAAGACUAUGCGCGCAGCUUCCCCCGGAGUUGCAGAGGCUGAGCUCUGUACCCGUUUUGAGCACGAAUCGCGAAUGAUGGGAAGCCGCCGAUUCACCAAGGAGCAGCGGAUUUUGCAUGAUGUCUUGGUGCAAGUACAACGUGACUGCCAGCAGGCCGUUAAUCCAGACGCCAGCCUCCAGGAUCUGUAUGAGUUGAUGCUGCAACGGAUAGGCAAAUACCUGGUUGAGGAAAAAAUUAUGCUGUCGAAUGAUGCUGCGGCGAUGGCCCAUAAAAUUUGCCCGCAUCAUGUGGGCCACUUCCUCGGGCUGGACGUGCAUGACACGCCGAGCAUUCCAUACAGUCGGAAGUUUCAACCAGGCAUGGUGUUUCCUUUGGAGCCCGGUAUCUACUUCCCCACCGACGCUUCCAACACCUUCCACAUACCCACAGAAUUUUGUGGUCUCGGGCUUCGCUUAGAAGACGACUUCGUAAUGACGGUCGAAGGACGGGCAGAAAAACUAACCAAGGAACUUUCAUCCGACGCCAGCGAUCUGGAAUCGUACGUGAAGGGCGUAUCCUGUUCAUCUACGAACUAG